UGGUCACGUGACGUUUUACAUUGUAGUGUAAAUAGGUACGCUUCAUGUAACUUUAGUGUUAAGUGGUUUAUUUUAGAUAUAAAUAAAAAUGCAGCCUUCUAUUUAAUUAGCAGGAUAAGUAGAUUUUUAUCGCGUCCUUCGCUUGAGCAAACAAACCAAUUGAAUUAAGUAUACGCCCCAUUCCCUGUGCCCACUGAAGAUUCUCCCCUAAGCUCCGCCUUAGACCCUCCCCUUUCCAUCCCAUAGGAUAAAACUAACGGUCCAGCCAGUAUCAUUAGAGCAUCCAAGCGUUAACGCAGAAAAAAGUUUGGUGCCGUUAUUAUUCUGAGGAAUUCGCAUAGUGAUGCGGCGGGAUAAAAAUUAAGUGUGUUGGUGGAUUAAAAAAAUGUGGUGAUAAAUAAUUUAUUGUGUGUUACAGUUUUUUGUGCAGUGUUUCAAAUAGCUGAUAGUUAUGGUGUAAUUCUAACGGAUGGAUUGUUUUUGAUAGAUGCGUGAUGUCAAGUUACGGGUCCAUGUCGCCUUCAGACGAAGGCUUCGACAGAUACGAACCACCCUUCUACUGCCAGCCGCAUGGACAGAAUGGCUCGCCCAUGGACGGCGUGGUGUACUGGCCGAGCACGGAGGCGCAGGAUUACGACACGCAAGACGUAUACCACGACACCACGCAUUACAUAGGACGGAACUAUGGAUAUGAGGAUAUGCAGAUACCGGGGAACGAAAAUUUUGAAGGAUACCACCAACAGAAUAUGCAUCACGGCUAUACACAGAAUAGCAUAGGCCUAGACUGCGAGCUCCAACCCCUCCCCCUGCGCUACGACCGCCCCGCAGCCCCCUCCUUCGUCCGCGUGGUGAAACGACGCAACACCGCCAACAAGAAGGAACGACGGCGCACACAGAGUAUUAACACGGCGUUCUCUGACCUCAGAGAGUGUAUACCUAAUGUGCCGGCUGAUACUAAACUGUCUAAGAACAUAAGCAAAGAGAGGCGGAGGACAGAGAGCAUUAAUGUGGCCUUCACCGAUCUUCGGGAGAGGAUUCCGAACGUACCAGCUGAUACCAAGUUGUCAAAGAUCAAGACGCUCCGCCUCGCCACUUCCUACAUCUCAUACCUGAUGAAGGUGCUGGAGUCUGAUGGCGAGCCAGCCGGCGGGUUCAGAGCGGAGCUGCACCGCGCGCCGCCGCGGAGGCUCCGGGGGCAGGAGGCCAAUCAGGUGGAGAAGCGCAACAAGGGGCGCACGGGGUGGCCACAGCACGUGUGGGCGCUAGAACUGAAGAACGAACAGAAUAACUUACAGACUUGAAGUCAUUGGAAUAUGUUGUUGAAACGUUAAAUUGAUAAUGUAAGUCCGCAAUGUAAAUAUGUAGGUAUGUAUAUUCAUUAGCAUGGAAGUAGAAAAAAAGGCGGAAGGAAUCUCGCUAACUAAAAAGUGAGGCACCCAAAGUAAGUCAGUUUCAUUGUUACGACGAGCCCGCCACACACACGUUCACGCUCAAAGUAAGUCAGUUCGCCGCCGCGCACCCACACACUCUCAUGUCGCCGCCAUUGUGGUGCUUCAGUGUUUUUGUAAGCGAGAUUCCUUCCGACUUUUUUUCUUCUUCCAUGUUCAUUAGGUAAUUUAACUUUUACAUGGCUCGCCGUUGUAGUUAUAAUAUAUUA